AUUCGAAGAUUCGAGGUGUGGAAGCACUGCAGCCACCAAAUCCCACAGGCAGCCUGGACCCCAGGGCCCUGCAGGCUGCCUUGAGGAUGGACACCAGGGCAGUGGCCAUGCCUUCUCCGGCAGCAGGGCUGCUAGGCUGCUGUUUCCUCUUUGGCUGGGCUCUGGGGGUUCCAAGGACCCUCCGCUCUCUGCCCGCACUGUCCUCCAAAGUCAAGCCAGGGUCUGUACCCAUUUGGGUGCCCCCAGAGGGGGCUGAGGCAGCCCUGGCUUUUCUCUACUCUGGAGAUGCUCAACAGCUGUCUGGGGCUAACUGCAGUGAGCGCUAUGAAGCCCCCGGGGCAGGAGCCAGACCAGGGCUCCCCCCAGUCUUAUGGAGAGCAGCAGGCACUGUGACCCAGGCCGCCAAUUUCCUGAACAUGCUGCUACAAGCCAACGACAUCCGGGAGUCCAGUGUGGAAGAGGACAUGGAAUGGUACCAGGCAUUAGUCCGCAGUGUGGCCGAGGGGGACCCAAGGGCAUACCGGGCUUUGCUGACUUUUAACCCUCCACCAGGGGCCAGCCACCUGCAGCUGGCCCUGCAGGCCACCCGGAUUGGGGAGGAGACCAUCCUUCAGGACUUGUCCGGGAACAGGGUGCAGGAGGAGAGCUCAACUGGAGCCCUGCAUCCCGCUGACCUGCAAAAGCGGGUGCUGACCAAUGACCUAGGGAGCCUUGGCAGCCCCAAGUGGCCACAGGGGGAUGGAUAUGUCGGGGACGUGCAGCACGUGAGACUGUCUCCUCCCUUCCUGGAAUGCCAGGAGGGUCGACUGCGUCCCGGCUGGCUUAUCACACUCUCAGCCACCUUCUAUGGACUCAAGCCAGACCUCAGCCCGGAGGUCAGGGGGCAGGUGCAGAUGGACGUAGACCUUCAGAGCGUGGACAUCAAUCAGUGUGCCAGUGGCCCAGGCUGGUAUUCUAACACACACCUGUGUGAUCUCAACAGCACCCAGUGCGUCCCCCUGGAGAGUCAGGGCUUUGUCCUUGGCCACUACCUCUGCCGCUGCCGACCUGGCUUCUACGGGGCAAGCAACUCCUUGGGCUCAGAGGAGGGUGCUGCCCAGCCUCCUGGGCAAUUUGGGUCCCCUCAAGGCAGCCCCGGGAGGCUGCUGCGCUGCCAACCAUGUGCCGAGGGCUGUGCCAGCUGCCUGGAUGCCACGCCGUGCCUGGUGGAGGAAGCCCCCACGCUCAGGGCAGCAGUGCUGGCCUGUCAGACGUGCUGUAUGCUGGUCAUCUUCCUUAGCAUGCUGGUCUCCUAUCGCUGCCGCCAGAGCAAGAGGAUCCGGGCAUCUGGAGUGGUACUGCUGGAAGCCAUCCUUUUCGGAUCCCUGCUGCUCUACUUCCCUGUCUUCAUCCUGUACUUCAAGCCCAGUGUCUUUCGCUGCAUCGCCCUCCGCUGGGUCCGGCUGCUGGGCUUUGCCAUUGUCUACGGCACCAUUAUACUCAAGCUUUAUAGAGUGCUCCAGCUCUUUCUGUCUCGAACGGCCCAGCGGGGCCCCCACCUGAGCAGCGGGCGGCUGCUGCGGCGUCUGGGCCUGCUCCUGCUGCUGGUGCUGGGCUUCCUGGCUGUGUGGACGGCAGGGGUCCUGGAGCCAGGCAUUCAGCACACAUCACUGGUAACACGGGGCCACACACACACGGGACGCCACUUCUACCUCUGCCACCACGACCGCUGGGACUACAUCAUGGUGGUGGCUGAGAUGCUGCUCCUGUGCUGGGGCAGCUUCCUCUGCUACGCCACCCGGGCUGUCCCCUCAGCCUUCCACGAGCCACGAUACAUGGGCAUCGCCCUGCACAACGAGCUGCUGCUUUCUGCCGCCUUCCACGCAGCCAGGUUUGUGCUGGUUCCCUCCCUGCACCCGGACUGGACGCUCCUCCUCUUCUUCUUUCACACUCACAGCACAGUCACCGCCACGCUGGCUCUGAUCUUCAUCCCUAAGUUCCGGAAGCCAGGGGCUCCUCCCCGAGAGGAGAUCUUGGAUGAGGUGUACGAAGACGAGCUGGACCUGCAGCGCUCAGGCUCCUACCUCAACAGCAGCAUCGCCUCAGCCUGGAGCGAGCGCAGCCUGGACCCUGGAGACAUUCGGGACGAGCUGAAGAAGCUCUACGCCCAGCUCGAGGUUCAUAAGACCAAGGAAAUGGCUGCGAACAACCCCCACCUGCCCAAGAAGCGGGCCAGCUGGCGCCAGGGCCUGGGCCGCUCCUUCAUGAGGUACCUGGCCGAGUUCCCCGAGGCGCUGGCCCGCCAGCACUCCCGGGACUCGGGCUCCGCGGGCCGCGGCAGCCUGCCCGGCUCUUCCCGCCGCCGGCUGCUCAGCGCCAGCCUCCGGGAGCCCGCCGCGCCGCCCGGCCUGCGUAAGUCCCGCAGCACCUGCGAGCAGGACUGUGACCCCCACCGGGACCACAGCCCGCCUCUGGUCGACUCGCUGCUGCGGAGGAAGCUGGCCCGCAAGGGGCCGCGAUCCGACAGCCGCGAGUCCGGCGAGUCGGCGGCCGGGCCCCCCGCGCUGGGCUUCAGGUCGGCCAGUGCCCACAACCUGACGGUGUGCGAGCGGUUGCCCCGCGCCCGGCCCGCCUCGCUGCACAAGUCGCUGAGCGUCGUGGCCGGCGCCAGGGAAAAGGCCCUGCUCGUGGCCAGCCAGGCCUACCUGGAAGAGACGUACCGGCAGGCAAAGGAGCGGGAGGAGAGAAGGAAGGCAGAGGCCACCUUGGCCAGCCCGGCGCGGAGACCCUCGGCCCGGAGGCUGGAGCGAGUUCGAGCAGCCCCCGUGUCGGCCCCACCUUCCCCGGCCAAGAGCCGCAGCGUGGACAGCUCCCACGUCUCCGGACGGCUGCACGAGGAGGACGCCAGAAGGCUGCCGCACGUGCCCAUCCGGCACCAGAUCUCCACACCCAUCAUGGCCACGUCCGGGGCGGGCCUCGGGGAGCCAGGGAUGCUGUCUCCCACCUCCAGUUUGGCCCCAGCUCUGAUGCCAGCUCCUGCCCCUGCCCUGGCACCCAUCCCAGUACCCCCACAAAGCCCCAACCUACUUACCUACAUCUGCCCGUGGGAGAAUGCAGAACUGCCGGUGAAGAAAGAAAAUGUGGCUCAGGAAGGCCCCUCGGGGCCAGAGCAAGGCAACCCAUCUCACGCCCCAGCUCGGGCCCGUCUCUGGAGGGCCCUCUCUAUGGCAGUAGAGAAGAGGGGGCCUGGGGAGAAUGGGAUGGACACAGAGGAUGGGCGUCUCCAGGGGGAAACUGAGGAGGAUGAGAACAGGCCCAAGGUCUUCUCUAAAUCCCACAGCCUCAAGACCCCUGUCCAGCAGGGUUCCAUGCGCAGUCUGGGCCUGGCUAUCAAAGCUCUGACCCGUUCUCGGAGCACACACAGGGAGAAGGAGAGCGGGGAAGGGAGUCCUAAGGAGGAGAAGGGCCGAGCUUCUGGAGAGGGCGUGGGGGCAUGCCCCAGAUCUCCCAGGCCAGGCCGGCCCAAGGGGGUGAGUAAGCAGGCGGCACUUGGCCCCUGUGAUGACGAAGAGUCCCUCCAGAACCAACAGAAUGCUCACACCAGCAGGAUGCUCCAAGUCUGUCACCGGGACGGCAGCAGGGAACAAGAAGACAGAGGCAGGAGGACUUCCCAGUGUCUAGGGGAGGGGAAGGUUGAGAGAGCAGGUAAAACAGGCCCUGCCACACUGAGGCAACUCAGGCAGGGCACAGCUGGGGACAAAAAUGCUAAGCAAGCAAAAGAAGCUCCUGUGGGGUGGCGGGAACUACCCAAAGCUGGCCUCCAGCCCCUGGGCAGUGCUGACCCCAGGGUGACAGAAGUGUGCCCCUGGGAAGUCACCGAGUCAGAACUGUGUCAGCCUGAUACUAGCAACAAAGCUGAAAUCUGCCCCUGGGAGGUGGGUGGAGUCCCUGAGGAGGAGGCCCUACGGCAGUAUCUAGAUGCCUCCCAAGGUGAGAAGGAGAAAGCCUCAGGAAAAUCCGAGCCCAAAGAUGUGGUUGUUGUGGCUCGGAAAAAGCCAGAGAGGUUGGUCAGGGGUCAGGAGGCAGUUUGUCCUUGGGAGAGUGCUGAUCCUGGGGGUGUGUCUCCUGGGUCAGCCCCUCAGGACUUGGACAGAACCAGGGGCAGGUCUGAGGCAGUGGGCAGUGUGGAGCCUAGAGAGGUGGAGACGCAUCAGUGGGAAGCCGCUGGCCCAGGAGCUUGUACAUCUGACAUCACCACGGCAGAGCUGUGUCCCUGGGAGGCAAGUGAAGGACAGACAGGGAAACCAUCCCAGGAGGGAGUAAAGAAACUCCCCCAGGAAAAGCAGAAAACCCCCAAGAAAACAAUCUUCUGGAAAGAACAGAAACUGGGUGAAGGCUUGGAGUCUCUUUGUCAGUGGGAAAGGACAGAUUUCCGGGGCCCCUCAGUGGUUUCUACUCAGGCCCCAGGAAUCCCUGGUUGCUCAGGGAGUUUGGGCAGUAGCAUCACUGAAGUCUGUCCAUGGGAGGCAGGAGAUACUCCUGCCAUUGGGAAGGCAGAGAUCUGUCCCUGGGAGCUGGGUGAUGAGGUAGUAGGGAAGGAAAUGCUGAGUCAGGGGCCAGGUGGCAAAUCUCCCCAGGAAAAGUGGGACACCUCCAGAACAGGGAGCUUUGGAGAGAUGGGGAGAUGGACUGGGAAAGCAGUGCAGAAACUUAGCCAACAGCAGGAGUCAGUGUGUCCGUGGGAAAGCACAGCUGCUGGGCACUCUGGCCCACAUCUAGACAAUUCCUCAUCCAAAGCUGAUGGCCAACUCCUCAGCAAUAAAGGAAGUAGAGCAGCGCAGGUCUGUCCACCAGAUCUCAGGUCAGAGGGAAAGGGAGCAACACCUGCCAAGGCAGAAGUCUGUCCCUGGGAGGUGAAUGAGAGAACGACAGAGGACUGGACAUCAGGGCAGGCACCAAAAGGAAGAGAAUCUCAAAAGGACAAGGAGAAGAUGCUUGAAACAUCAGGCAUCAAAGCUAGCCCAAGUUGGACAAAGCCUGAGGAACAGAUGCCAACGCAGGAAGCAGUCUGUCCCUGGGAGAGUGUGGACCCUGUCAGCUUCACCCCACAACCUGGUCUUCAAGACACAGGUGGACCCAAAGCCAGUUUCCAGAUGUCUGGCAGUGUGGAAAGCAAAACUGCUGAGAUUUGUCCCUGGGAGGCGGAGGAAACCCUGCCUGCCGAGAAGGCAGAGGUCUGUCCCUGGGAGGUGAGUGCUGGAGCUGGGGAGAGAAGGGCUUUGGGAAUGGAGGCCAUUAGGCAAUUUUCAAGCAAAACGAGUAAGCCUUCUGCAGAUUCUGGACCUAGUGAGAGAGCUGUUGCUACUCCAGAGAGGCAGGCCCAGGAGCGGGAAUGGGCUUGCCCCUGGGAGAGCAUGGAUCCAGGGGGCUCCUCUUGGCAUUCAGACACUCUGGGCACUGACAAGCCAAAACCUGGGGUCCAGGAGCUGGACCGUGCGGGGUGCAGACCACUGGAGGUAUGUCCCUGGGAAGCGGAGGGAGCACCUACUAGUGAAAAAGUCAAGGUCUGUCCCUGGGAGGUGGAUGAAGGAGCCCCUGGGAAGGAAUUAGAACAAGAGAUGAGAACUGACUCAGUGGGGCAGAGGGAGAAAAUGCUAGAAAAGGGGAGACUCACCUCCCUGGGAGAAGACAGAUGGAAAUGGGAAACACAACUGAGUCAAGAGCAGGAAGCUGUGUGUCCCUGGGAGAAGGACUUGAGGGCACCCUCUGCUCAGGCCCCUGAGGUCUCAGACGUGUCCAGCAGAGGGGUAGAGGAGCCCUCCCUGGAAAUAAGUGAUGAAGCAGCAGAGAAAGGGGGCCUGACGCAAGACCCAAAGAUGGACUCCUCCCCAGAACAUGUAGCCCCAGAAAAAGCAGAAGUCACUGCUGAAGAUGGGGAAAAAGUGAGCAGUGAACUACAACCUGUCCAUCUCCAGGAGAGCACGGCCCCCAGGGACUCCUCCUCCCACCCACAUAGUCAGUGCCCUGACCAACCUAAAGCCGGCUCGCAGACACUGCCCAGCGCUGGGGACAGGCUCGCUAAGGUCUGCCCGUGGGACGCUUCCGCCAUGGACGCUCCCAAACCUGACAGCGGUGCCAAAGCUGAGACUUGUCCCUGGGAAGUGACUGAAAGAACCCCUGAGGAAGGGGUGUCAAGGCAGGAUGGAGAUGAGGAAACUCAAGAGGAGAAGGGGAAAGCCCCAGAAAAACCAGAGCACAAAGCUGUGGCCCUUCAGGAAAAGCCUGAGAGGGCAGAUGGAAAGCAGGAACCAGCCCCACAAGCUUCCGAGAGUAGCAAAGAAAGUCCCAAGGCAGCAGGCAGUGUGGGGGCCAGCGUAGCGGGCCCACAGGAAGCGCAAGAAGCUCCCCCUGAUAAGAAAACAGAAAUCUGCCCUUGGGAGGUGAGCCAAGAAACAGCAGAGAAAGGGGGAUGUGAACAAGAGGUGGACAGAGAAUCUCAAGGGCAAAGAGAAAUGUUCCUGCAAAAGGAAGACUCUGGAGGGACUGAAGAACACUCUUCAGAAGAAGUAAAAGUCAGCGGAGAGAUGGAGGCAAUCUGCCCUUGGGAAGGCACAAGGUCAGAAGGGCUCUCUCCUCAGCCAGAUGCUCCAGCCACGGACCAACCCAAAGACAGUCCCCAUGGAGCAAGCAGUAUGGGGAGCCGGGUGGCAGAGCUGUGUCAAUGGGAAGUCACAGAUCCCGAAGGAAAUAAAAUAACAGGCACCAUGGCAGACAUCGACACAUGUCUCUGGGAGGGAACUGGAGCCCCAUCUGAGGAAUCUGGUCUCCUGGCUUUAACAGCAACUCAGAAGCAAAUGCUCUGCCCCACAGCCCCUGAGAACCCACCAUGCCUUUUAGUCCAGAGACCUUUGGGUAGCUUCCUUCCAGACAGCAAAAGCCCCCACCCCAAAGUGAACAAGCCAGCCAGCACCUUUACUCUGGAGGGUGUCAGAGAACUCCAAGUCCCUUCAGAACCUGGGCCGAGGACCAGCUUAGCCCCAGAGCCAACCCUCCAAGAAGCUAUGACUCAGAAGUCUUCUUCCAUAACUGAAGACCAAGAAGUAGCUUCUGAAACUCAACUUGAAGAACUCACCCCUCCAACUGUCUAUCCUUGGGACUGGGAGUAA